AUGGCUACCACGGUAAUCACCAGCCCUGCAAGAGAGGCUGAGGGUGGAAUCCCAAAGUGGGAGAAGGAGGAGAAAGAGGAAGAAGAGAAGGAAGAGGCAGCAGUGGGGGUGUUUGUGGAAGAGAAGGGGGCUCUGAACUCCUCCACAGCUUUGCUACCUCUGAGGAGGAAGGCCCAUGAUGAGGGCCCCGUGGAGGCAGCAGAGGUGGAACUGGAAUUGCAUCCCCUGCAGAACAGGUGGGCUCUGUGGUUCUUCAAGAAUGACUUCAGCCGGGACUGGCAGGACAACCUGCAUCUGAUCACCAAGUUUGACACCGUGGAGGACUUCUGGGCGAUGUACAGUCACAUCCAGCUGGCCAGUAAACUCUCUACCGGCUGUGACUACGCCCUGUUCAAGGAUGGCAUCCAGCCCAUGUGGGAAGACAGCAGAAAUAAGCGGGGUGGCCGCUGGCUGGUCAGCCUCGCCAAGCACCAGCGCCACAGCAAGCUGGACCUCCUCUGGCUGGAGACGCUGCUGUGUCUAAUAGGGGAGAGCUUCGAGGAACACAGCAGGGAGGUGUGUGGGGCUGUCGUCAACAUCCGCACCAAGGGAGACAAGAUCUCAGUGUGGACGCAGGAGGCAGAGAACCAGGCCAGCGUGCUGCACAUUGGGCAUGUAUACAAGGAACAUCUGGGCCUCUCCACAAAAGCCAUCAUUGGUUACCAGGCCCAUGCAGAUACAGCCACCAAGAGCACCAGGAACAAGUUUGUGGUGUGA